AUGGCCUCCUCAUGCUUCCUCGCACUGGGUGGCAGGUUGAAUGAGGGCGGUCUCCACUACCUGUUCGCCGGCGCGCGGGCGAACGUGGGCCUUCGGGCCGGCAGAUACAUGUUCGAGGUGCGGAUCCUCGAGUUGCUCAGUCAGGCCGAGACAGGCAUGCCGGCUGCGAUGCGAUCUUUUGUCUUGGAGCCAACAUGGAAGUUGAAAAGUCAAUAG